GGCAGCAGCUGCUGAACAGCCCAGACAUUGCGCAGGAUACAGUAUAGCUGGGGAACGGCGAGAGAGUUACGGUAGUUUUCCUCGCACUUGAGGUGGUAUAGUGCAUGAAAUAAAUGACUCUUUGGAAAAAGCUCAUGUGUUAGGGCAGGGUUUUGUCGGAAUAACGCAAAAAUGGAUGAAGUUGCCAAACGUAAGUAACCUGGGAAAAUGUAUGGCUGUUUAGUGCAGUCAACAGUAGGCAACAAAUAUGGCUUCGUGUGCCUUUUCCUAUUUGUUAUAAAAAAUUGCUGUCCCAUGCCAUUAGAUGUCAUGGCUGUUCUGCUGAAUUCAUACAAGUGACAAUUAGGAAGUUAGUUCCUUGUUCGCUUAUCGGGCAGGGGGGUCAUUUUGGAGAAAUAAAGCCAAGGAUACGUUAGCUAACCAGUCUGCUAACGUUAGCUAGUUAGCUACCGAACUAAAGCGAACGGCAAUGGAGCCAAAGCACAAAGAGUUGUUAGACCAAURCCACCAAAACUUGCUGGACUCAAUAACUGACGCAGACCGGCUGAUAGAGUUGCUGAUAAUCUCCGGUACUCUAAGCCAGCUCGACCGCUUCGAACUGGACCAAAACUGCUCUUCCAGCGCGGAGAAAGUGGACCAGCUUUURAAGAUGCUUGUGAACAAGGAAAGCGACCAUUUCCUCGAACUGUGUGUGGCCUUGGAGAAGACGUACCCUGAGCUGUAUUCUGCACUCUUUACUAACGGCGGUGGACCCGUUGACCAUUCGUCUGGCUCUACAUACAGUGUUCUCUCCACCAUGCCCUCAGACUCUGAGAGUAGCAGCUCCCUAAGCAGUGUCGGUUCACCCCCCGGUACCGGUAACGGCUCAGCCUCGUCUCCGCCCCCAGCCCUCAACGACAACCGGCCAGCUGGUGACAACCUGGACACCAUCCUGUUCCAGCUGCGCCAGGUGACCCGUGAGAGGGACGAGCUCCGCAAGCGCCUGGCCCUGGCAUCACCCGGCACCACCUUCGACGACUGCAGGCCAAAUUCCAAAGCCAGCCAUGAUUACGAGCGUCUGAAAAACCAGUGUAUGAGGGCCAUGGCAGAUCUCCAGUCUCUACAGAACCAACACACCAAGACUCUGAAGAGAUGUGAGGAGGCCGUCAAGGAGGCUGACUUCUACCAUAUGCUCCACAGCCGUGUGUUCGGAGACCAGUCUCAGCUGAAGGAGGAGCUGGAGGUGUUGAGGAGAGACCACGCUCAGCUGGUCAGGGAACACAACCACCUGAAGCAGAGCUGUGAGGAGCUCCACAGGCUGCACAGUGACGACCAGAAGGAGGUGGCUGACAUGAGGCUGCAGCAGCAAGAGGUGAUGAGAGAGAACGGUUCCUCAGAGGUUCUCAACAAGCUAUACGACACAGCCAUGGACAAGCUGGAGGGGGUGAGGAAGGAAUACGAUUCGCUGAGCAAACGCUACGGUGAGAAAGUUGCCAAUCACAACACGGACCUGAGCAGGCUGGAGCAGGCGGAGGAAGAGAACCGACGACUACAGAAACAGAUGGACACGUUGCUGAAACAACGAGACAAGGCCAUACACUACCAACAACAUUGCUCUACGUCCAUGAGGAGGUUUGACUCUGUACAACAGGAGCUGGACAAGUCUUCAGCCCAGAACAAGGUGCUGCAGAGGGAGAUGGAGCGGCUGCAGUCGGAGGUGAUGCGCUGUAAGAACUUCCAGCUGAAGGCAGUAAAGGACUGUGAGAAGUACAAGGAGGAGAGAGACUCUGUGUUCAACGAGUAUAGGCUCAUCAUGAGUGAGAGGGACCAGGUGAUCAAGGAGCUGGAAAAGCUGCAGACGGCGCUGGARGCUGCAGAGGCCCGCAUCAAAAACACCUCUUCUGAAAGGAUGGUGGCCAGCGAGGAGACGGAGGCUCUCAGACAGGAGCUGAACUCAUCGUUGGUGGACCGGGACAGAGCAAUCUGUGAGAGGAACGAGCUGUUGGAGAAGUACUGCCACGAGGUGAAGGACAAGGCUGAGGCCCAGAAGGAGUUGAGCCAGGCCUGUAAAGAUAUCGAGGCGGUCCGGGAGGAGAGAGACGUGGCCCGCAAGGAGAGGACAGAAGCUAUCAUACAGAAAGAACAGCUACUGAGAGAAUACUACCAGGCUAGACAGAAACAAGAUUCUGCCACCCUGGACAUAGAGCGUGUCAACAAGGAGAUGGAGGUGUUGAGGAAGCAGUACGAAGCCAUGUCUCAGGAGCUGAAGGAGGCCACGCAGGAGGCUGAGGUGGCCAAGUGUCGACGUGACUGGGCCUUCCAGGAGAGAGACAAGAUAGUGGCAGAGAGAGAGAGCAUACGGACGCUGUGUGAUAACCUGCGUAGGGAGAGGGACCGGGCGGUCAGCGAUCUGGCCGACGCCCUGCGUAACCUUGACGACAUGAGGAAGCAGAAGAACGACUCGUCACGGGAACUGAAAGAAUUCAAAGAGAAGAUGGASAGCCAGCUGGACAAGGAGGGAAGGUUCUGUCAGCUGAUGGCACACAGCUCCCAUGACUCGGCUAUCGACACAGACUCUCUGGAGUGGGAGACUGAGGUGGUGGAGUUUGAGAAGGACAGGGAUGACAUGGAUUUGAAGGCACUUGGGUUUGACAUAGCAGAAGGGGUAAAUGAUCCGUAUUUACCAGGAGAUUGUGGAAUAUUUGUGACAAGAGUUGACAGAGGAAGURUUGCAGAUGGAAGGUUAAGAGUGAACGAUUGGCUGCUGAAGUUAAAUGAUGUGAAUUUGACCAAUAAGGACAGGAAGCAGGUGGUGAACGCGGUGCUUAAUGGAGGCGGACUGAUCAACAUGGUGGUGCGCAGGAGGAAGUCUCUGGGAGGGAGGCUGGUCACCCCCAUACACAUCAACCUAAUCGGACACAAAGACAGCGGUAUAGGUCUGGAGAGUGGCGUGUUUGUGACGGCCCUGGUCCAGGGGAGUCCUGCUACCAGGGAGGGAUCUCUGACAGUCGGAGACAGACUUAUCGCUAUCAACGGCAUCGCUCUGGACAACAAGUCGGUGACGGAGUGUGAGACUCUGCUGAGGAACUGUAGGGACUCUCUAAGCCUCUCUCUCAUGAAGUUCUUCCCUCACAGUUGGUCGGGCCAGAGCAUCUUCGAGAGCCUGCGGGAGUCAUCGUCCAACGGCCGUCUCUCCGAGGUACUCUCCAGGAAUAGCCUCAAACACAAGAGCUCCACACAGACAGACAUCUUCUGCCCCGACACAGGAGGGGGGGGUAGUAACGUCAACAUCCCUGGAGAGAGGAGGAAGGGCGGGGCAGGUGAACCUGAGGAGGGGAUGGGGGUGUACGGGGACAUCAGGAAGCCCUUUUCCAUGGGGUCUCUCCACUCAACCAGCCUUCGGCCGUCCUCUGACCUCGGUCUGGGUCCCCCGGGCCGCUACGGCCCCAGCGCCUUCCAGGAGUGCUGCUCUGGGUCCCCCUACGCCAAGGCACCCCCACCCCCCAUCACCUAUGACCCUUCUAACCCUGCUGACUGCAUCACCAUGGAGACCACCCUGGAGAGGAAGCAAAGUGGCGGCACCUGGCCUAAGGUGAUCGUAGGUGGGAUGUCCGUCGCCGUGGAUACAACCACAGCGAUGACUCCGACCCAACUGUCCAUCUUCAAGUCGCCCAAACAGAGGAAGUCCAUCUUCAACCCGGAUGCCUUCAAACCACGGCCUGAGACGGCGCCCCAGUCAUCCAAGAUGGAGUACCUGUCGCCCAGUCAACUGGUGGCCCACUCCCCGCAGCCCUCCAAGACRGAGUCUCUCUCCUCCUCCUCUACGGCCACACCUCCGACUCCACCCACCCGCAACGAUUCGUUCAAACAGCAGAGCAGCUCUGCCUCCGACUGCACGCUUACCUCCGACGGGGGCAAAGGGGAGGCUGUUGCCAUAGUUAUGGGGGAGAGCAGUGGGGAACGAGAGAGGGACAGGAAUGGGAACCACUACUUCCUGGACGGGAAGGUCCUGACACAGAGGAAGUCAUGUGACGAGGACAUUGGUCGAACCAGGGGUAGGGAGCCUGAGGUAAAGAGGCUCCGCCCUAAAUCUGCCCCAGCGCUCAGACGUAGGAUGACCCCCCAGUCCAUCACCCUGCCCUCCUUUCAGAGCUACUCCAAUGAUGAUCACUCUCCAGAGCCCAGAGAGAUGCUUCGCUCCUCCCCCAACCGCUCCCACAGACAGAGUGUGGGCUUCGGCACCACAGUCUACAACGGUACCUUGCCUGCAAUGACUGCUGUGAUGAGGAACCCAGUAUACACAGUCCGCAGCCACAGAGUCCACACCAACAACUGUCCCUCUGUCUCCUCCCAGAUCUGCCAACACCAGCACAACAACCAACACCACAGUCCGCAGCACCAGGGCCGUCUGAGCCUAGACCUGAGCCAGAAGCGUCCAGCAGCAGACUACUCAUCGUCCUCGUCACGCAGYAGCAGCACCUCCCAUGGUACCAACUCACUACCCUCCAGCGCUCGCCUGGGCCUUGGUUGGUCCAGUAACGUCCAGUACCGGACAGAGAGGAUAAAGAUCCCCUCCACUCCCCGCUACCCACGGUCCAUGCUGGGCUCUGACAGAGGCUCCCUGUCCCAUUCAGAGUGCAGCAGCCCCAGCCUCAUUACUCCACCCCACUCACCUCUCAACCUGGAGACUUCCUCCUUUGCCAGCAGCCAAUCACAGAGCUCUAUCUCCACCCUGCCCAGAAUCUCUGUCAGCCCUGUGACAGUAGGAGAGCGGAGUAAAGACCGGCCGUACCUGGAGGAACCUCGGAAUGUGAUCGUUCACAAAGGGGSGGAGCCUCUGGGCAUCUCUAUCGUCGGUGGCGAGAACGGCGGCAUCUUCGUCUCCAAGGUGACGGGAGGCAGCAUCGCCCACCAGGCCGGCCUGGAGUACGGCGACCAGCUCCUCGAGUAUAACGGUAUUAACCUGCGUAAUGCCACAGAGCAGCAGGCYAGGCUGAUCAUUGGUCAGCAGUGUGACACCAUCACCAUUAUGGCUCAAUACAACCCCCACAUGUACCAGCUGGGAAACCCCUCACGAUCCAGUUCUGGUCUGGAGCCGGUGAGCAGCCAGUUCACGUCCCAGGGCAGUGGAGCCACCACCCCAGACAACCACUCUACUAUAGACACUCUGAGUGAACAAGACGAAGGAACACUCACCCCCUCCUCCAAACAGACCACCCCUACAACUAGUCCUCACAGCUUCAUCAGGGUGUCAUCAGAGGGCAGUCGUAAGGUGUGUGAGCCGCGGGUGGUGACGGUGCGCAGGGCCCAGGGUGCAGAGCUGGGGCUGGGGCUGUGUGGAGGGAACCUCCGGGGGGUCUAUGUAAAGAGUCUGGAGGAGGACAGCCCUGCUAGGGGACCAGAGGGCCUGCAGCCUGGGGACCUCAUACUGGAGUAUGGGUCAGUGAAUAUGAAGAACAAGACGGUGGAGGAGAUGUAUGUAGAGAUGCUGAAGCCGGCCGAGACGGUCACUCUCAGAGUCCAACAACGACCUGACGACUUCAACAUGGUCAAAGACACACCGGGGGACGGCUUCUAUAUCAGAGCACUUUAUGAGCGGACUGCGGAGGCAGAGCUGGACCUGAGUUUUCAGAAGGAUGAUAUCCUCUAUGUGGAUGAUACUCUACCAAAGGGCAGCUUCGGCAGCUGGAUGGUCUGGCAGCUGGAUGAGAACGCACAGCGGAUCCAGAGAGGACAGAUCCCCAGCAAAUACAUGAUGGACCAGGAGUUCUACCGUAGACACAGUAUGACAGAGCUGAAGGACGACAAGGACAGUAAGAGUCUGUCUGCUGCCGCCAGGAGAUCCUUCUUCAGGAGGAAAAACAAACACAAACGCAGCGGCUCUAAAGACGGCAAGGAACUGGUGGCCCAGGACGCCAUUAGCACAGACUCCAUACCAUUUCUAGAGGACUGUGUGAGCCUGGCGUACCAGCGGGUCCAGAAGGUAGUGUGUGUUUCCUCUAGGCCGGUCGUGAUCCUCGGCCCUCUCUCAGACCCCGUCAAGGACAUGCUGGUUAAAGAGUCCCCCGGGAAGUUCUGCAGAUGUGUCCUUGAGGUGAUGAAGGCAUCCCAGCAGGCUAUAGAGCGCGGAGUCAAAGACUGCCUCUUCAUCGACUACAAACGCAGGAGUGGCCAUUUUGACGUGACCACCGUGGCCUCCAUCAAGGAGAUCACAGAGAAGGACUGUCACUGUCUGCUAGACAUCGCCCCCCACGCCAUUGAGAGGCUGCACAGCGUUCACAUCUACCCUAUCGUCAUCUUCAUCCGCUACAAAAACGCCAAGCAGAUCAAGGAACAGAAGGAUCCAGUGUACCUGCAGGACAAGGUCUCCCAAAAACAUUCCAAGGAGCAGUUUGAUGUAGCACAGAAGAUAGAACAGGAGUAUAGCACAUUCUUUACAGGUAUUGUCCAGGGCGGCACUCUGCCCUACAUUUGCACUCAGAUCAUAACUAUAGUUGACCAGGAACAGAGUAAGGUCCUGUGGACUCCCCUUGGCUGCCCCUAGAGGGUGGAGGCCACCACUGCACCCUUGGCUGCCCCUAGAGGGUGGAGGCCACCACUGCACCCUUCUCCCCUAGAGGGUGGAGGCCACCACUGCACCCUUCUCCCCUAGAGGGUGGAGGCCACCACUGCACCCUUCUCCCCUAGAGGGUGGAGGCCACCACUGCACCCUGUUGCACUGCGCCUCUCCACUCACAACAAACACUACAAAACCUUCCACACUAUACCAAUAGGUACACUACAGUAAGCUACUACACAUGUAAGCUAGAUAUUUUUGUUAUUGUUUUCAGGGUGUUGAUUUGUACCUUUUUAACCAGAGCCUUUUCUUCUCUGUAAUCUGUAGCAGGUUGGUAGAACUGACAGGUGGUGUUACUCUUCAUUUGGUCUUCCCUAAGGGUUUUAAGGUGGUGUUUCUGUAAACCUGCAUUGUAAGCAGCCUUUUACAGUUAAGAAAUGAGUGAGUAUUGUUGUUAAAUGUUCUGCUGGAAUGUGUUAGACCCCCCUGACCCAGAAUCAGCCCUUAAAUCAAACCUGUGUAUCAAAUGACAUCACCCUGUUUUACACACCCCGUUCAAUGAAUGACAACUAAUAAUGUGGAAUAAUAAUAACUGUGUGCGUAUGAAUCGUGUGUGUGUGUGUGUGUGUACGAGCGAGCGAGAGUAAUAUUAUUGAUGAAUUGUAAUGACUUUGUUGGUUGGAUUGAAACAUGGUCUUUGAUAUUGGUAUGAAGUUGACGCCAUAGAAACGUUACCUGUAGAACAGAUAAACCUCUCCAAGCRAUAUGUCUUAUUGGUCUUCUGUCAAAAAUGUUUUAUCCAAAAGCGAUUUUGAAUGGGUCAAAUCAAACAAUAUUUUACAGCUUUCAAUCAGACCAAACUUCAGUGUGCAUCACGUGUGUAACUGUGUCAAUAAAUUAAAUGGUGUGUCUAUAGCAAAGCAAAAGCCAUGAAAAUCACACAUGGCAGUAGCGAAUGGUGUCUGGUCUACUCGUUGUGUUUCUAUGGUCACUGCACGUGAGUGGACAGUUUACGGGCUUAUCGGAAGUGCCUUCCGUAGGAGACAGGCCCCCAUUCCGAUCUGAUGGAACAGGAUAAGUAGAAGCAAUAUGGUGAUAGGACCUCCCCACUGCCCAUUGGAAGGCUAGCUAGAGCCAUCAUCAUGCUGUUCACACCCAUCUGUUACCUUCAGAUCUGCAAACACCAUGAAGUUAACACUAGGGUUGCAAAAUUCCCUGUAGUUUCWUAAAUCCCAUUCGGAGGAUUCCCGGAAUUGUGAGGUGAAUAAGCAGGGAAUCCGCCAAUCAGGAUUUACGGUAAACCAGGGAUUUUAUUGAAAGUUCACGGAAUUUUGCAACCCAAGUUAACACUAUAGUUCUGCAAACAAACACUAUAGAGCAGGGUUUCCCAAACUCGAUCCUGGGGCCCCCCCAGAGCUUGUUUUGGAAUGAAACAGUACAGAGCGUAUGACAAUGGCAAGGUUGUGAGGGUAUGCCAGACGGCGACCACCUCAGAAUACACUCCAGGGCUAGACAGACCACUGUGUCUCCAUCACAUAUCUAUCUGUCACAUAUUUAAAGACAAUAUAGAGAAUAUAUAUAUAUAAUAUGUUUGUGUGUGUGAGUGUACAUGCCUCACGGGGGCCUAUGGACUGUAACAGUAUGCAGAUUAAUUAUUCUAUAGUACAUGUAUUUCAACUAGUUCUCAGGCCUGUGGAAGUUCAGUAGUCAUGUCUUAGCAGGUAUUUGCAUGUUUUACUGUUUUUGUCUUUGGUUGUCACCUUUUUUAAAUGUACUCACAAACCAGAAUGACACCAUGGAGCAAAUAUAUAUAUUUUUUCUUAUUCCUUAAUAAAACCAUUUAAAUGUUAGUGAUACAUUUUUUUCCAUUGUUAUUUAAUGUAUUUUUUAUUUGUAUCUAAGCGGCACAAACACAUUCUCCUGCAUCCUAAUGUGCCAAAAUCCAGUACGUCAGUUUGGUCUUUUUUAUUUCUGUUUUGCACUUGUUAUUCUGUGGACCUUAACAAAUAGUUCCUAGGUUUCCCAGUAGAUGUUAUAAAUAAAUAGGUACUAUAUAAUUUUUACUAACUGAUUCACAUUUUAAAUGUAUCACAUUAGUUCCAUACAUUUCAUUGAUGGCCUUUUUAUUCUUUAAAAAUCUUGAUUAGAAAACAACAGACAGAAUGCUCCUCCAUAUUUGCAUUCUCGCUGAAAAAGGGACUUAAUGCACAGUUUUUCAAAGGAAAAUCAGAUCUGAAGUUUGACUAUUGGGCUGUAUGAUAGGUAUAUUAAGUACAAUUGUAAUGUAYCUUUUUUGUAGUAGGUAGAGAUGGUUUAAAAUGAGGGAUGCCAUGUGAAAUGGUUGUAUUUCUAAGAAGAAUGACAAGCUGCCAGGUACUGUUCUGCGGUUUUAUUUUUAUUUUCUUUGAAAAAUAAUGUGAUAUGUAUCAAAUGUUGAGACAUUAACAUUAGAAUAAAAGUCCUUUUCUCUAUCGCAAUGA